UUGACUUUACAGCUUGCAAAAUUUAUCAGUACUCAUAAAAAGGAGCUCUUCAAGCAGUCACUUCGACUUAAAAACAAUUCAGAGCACAUUAACAAUGGGUUUUUACCACUCAACCCUGCUUCUGGACCAAGCCUUAUUGGUCUCCUUCUGUCUGGUACUAUGAGCAAACUUAUGAAUCCUUUUACCAUGCCAUUUGCUCCACCACAUUCAGCUGUAAGUAACUUUUUUAUCAAUCAAUCAGUCAAUCAGUUGAAAACAAUCUAAUCAUCUUUUAGCUGAGCAGCUAAUCUAUCUUUCUAUUAAUGUUAAGUAUUCAGCCAAUCAUAGGAAUUCAAUAGAUUGAGAUCUGUUGGUCAAUUGAUGAGUUUGCUAGUUGGUCAGUUAAAGGUAAUUCAGUGUGGGUGAGUCAGAAUUUCAGUCAGUUGUUGGGUCAAUGAGUCAGUUUAAGUGGGUGAGUUACUCAGCUACUUAGCAUGUUUACUUGCAUAUCUGAUGUUGUCUUUUUUUUUCUCUCUCUUUUAGUCUUCUGACACUCCUAAUCUGCCAUUGAAUGCUUCUUCAUGUAAUACUACAGAGCUAGAGAAGGUUUUGGUACUCAAGACUUCCAAUCAAAAGGUACAUGUGCUUAGUGGCUUUGUAAAAUUGAUGCCAACCAGUUCCUUUUCUGCACUAGAAGUGAAGAAAGACAUAAUGAUGAAUAUGACAUAUAGCAUUAUUAAGAGGAAUUUUUACCUUGAGGUUCAGUGGUCUUCAGUGGUCUGGGUUAUGUGGGUGUAAAAAGUAGAUGUGAACAGCUUUUCAAAAUAUUUUUUAAUCAGAGAGGAUUACAAGCAACUCAGGUCCCUCUUUCCCCCUUUUAGCUCAUAGGGAGUAGGAUGUGUGGAAAGAGGUUUUUAAAAGGAAAGUGGGGUGAAAUAAUCUCUAUACGUGACAAGCAAGCAUAGCUCACAAGAUGAAUCAUGUUGUAGUUUAAGUAACCUUGGCUGAUACAACUUACAUGUGGCUGUUUGUAGGAAGCACUUGAACAGUUAUGCCACCUAACACCGUCACAGGCUCAGCUUCUAGCUGGCUAUCUUCAGCACCAUGUGGACCGUACAGCUGCCAUGCAGAAGGUGGGCUUUGCUUUUAGUGGUGUAUUAAUUCUCACUCACUUGCCACCCAUUAUAGUGGGUGGCACAAGAAGAGGGGGAUUGAGGCUCCUACAGCCCUGCUUGUCUGACUGUGUAGCCAGCCUUUGUUUGGAUUAAUGAGGUUGUGGGAAGAGGGUAUUUAUGGGCUUUCAAUUUGUGUGGUUUAUAGUAAACUGAUAAAAAAAAUUAUCCUUUCAUAUGGUGCUUACUUGGUUUAAUUUCUGGCCUUUUGACCUAUUAUUAUUGUUAUUAUUAUUAUGAUUAUCAUCAUCAUCAUGGUCAUCUCCAUCAUUAUUAUCAUUACUAACAACAUCAUUAUUAUAACAUUGUUGUUAUUAUUAUUAUUGUCAUAUUAUAAUUAAAUAAAUAAUUUACAUCAACAAGUUGAAUUAAUUGCUCAUUUAGUCAAUUAAAUGAAACUUAAAUGAUGAACAGUGAAAUCAAUCAUCUACAACUUAUACCAGAGUAAUUAUAAUGUGAAUGUAAAUGGUUUUCCUUUUAGCUGAACGUAACCCGUGAAGACUUGAAGGAUUACAACAAAUCAUACACAAAACUGCGAGGAGAUGUAAGGUUUUUCUUUAUAGUUAUGUUACUUUACCUGAAGAAGUACUUAAAACACUAUAAGUUUGAAAAGAGUUACUUUUUAAACACGUUAAUUCUUUUAUGACUGCGAAUAUAUGAAAAUCAUAUACAACCGCGGUUUAAGAAAUGAAUGUGAAUUAAUGAACACUACUUAUUUAAUAAGCAGUAGUAAAUUUUUUUUAGGCGUUAUUUUCACCACUGCUUAAGUAUUGUUCAUUACCGUGGAGAUCGCUUUUAUAGUCAGUAAUUUAUUCUGUGGCCUGAAGUUUUAAGUCGUUGGUUGGGGUGUUCCUUGGGCGGUUAGGGUGGUCCUUAGGGUGUUCCUUGAAGUUAGAGCCAAUUCUUUGUCUUUGCUUGAUAGAUCAGAAAGAUGUCAGAGAAUAUCACACUUGGAAUGAUUUUUGAGAGCAAAUGGAUUGAGACAUUGUGUUAGAUUUUUCCCUUGGUAGCAUUUCUCUUAGUUAUUUUUUGUACGAGUUACACCCCUCUGUGCAAAACCCAAAACUUUGCAGAGCUUUACUUAUUUGCAGAGCUCGUUAUUCAGCACUUAAGUUGUCCUGCAUGGGAACAUUUUAUUCUUUAUCACUGUGUGUUCAACUUUCAGCUGAAGAAUUUGACCGAGUUUGUGCACCUGGUACAAGAGGGAGUGGAGCUUGCGCAGUUGUUGCGUGUCAAUCUCUCCUUCACAAAUCACCUCCAAAACAAGACCAAGUGGGAGAGAAACAAAAUUUACCUUCGUGAGAUGUGGAAGAAUCUCGGCCCAAUCAUUUGCGGCCCAGACCCGGAUGCACAACCCAAAAAGAAAGUGAUAGAUCACAUGUAUGAUUACCGCUGCCGCACCAAGGCUUGCAAAACCCGAGCCAUGCGUCUUAUGCUGUACCUCUUACUUCACAAUCCGAAAAUAGCCUACUCCCCCAAUGGUACAGCUGCUGAUGAAAUCAUCAAAAAGGUGACUUGACUCAAUAUAAGCCUUUUGCUGUUUAGCCUGCGCGCAAGCUCUCGUAAGCUCUGCUCGUGAGGAUACUCAUAACCCUGUAACCCAUAAGAGUGACAAGCAUCUCUUAGUUUCUCUGAGUAGGAUCAUCCCUGAUUCAAACAUUAAGGCCAUGAGGAAAAAAGGUUAUGAUUGCAAGUUCAAGAAACUCUUGAUUGUUAGGCAAAUUCUCCUUGUAAGAAUCAUAGGAAUGGAUAAAGAACAGUAUGCUAAUGUUUGGGUGGAAAGGGUUAAAGCAACGCGUAUGAGGGCUUGCUCGCAGACUAUUUGUUGUUUUGCACGGUAAGUUAGGUAACGCAGGAUUUUUCAGGCGCUAUCGUUUGAGGGAGGCGAUACCCUAAUGAUCGGCGCGUUGCUCCGGAUUGAAAGAUCCAGCGUCCAGCUCGAGGUUAAUGACUGAGGGAUGUUAUUUGUCGCAUUUUUCUUGGAUAAUCCACUAAACUCUCGCUGGCAGUUCCUCUGUUUACCCACGCUAUUGUUGUUGGAAAGGUGAAUAACGUUAUUCAGUGGAUAAAUCGUUAUCUGGUGGAUGGCGCAGUAUGUUUUGUUCACAUUUAUCCACUGAAUAGCGAUUUGCUCGUUGGAUAGCGCAAUCCACCCUUUGAAUAACUGGGCCUUGGAGUAGAACUGAAUGGAUACUAGCGAUCUGCCUGGGAAAACUGAAGAAUGAGGAAGGAGAGGUUGAACAAUGGACUUCCAGGACACAAACAGCAUGGAAACUACAUGUAAUUCCAAGCCAAGGGGCAAAAUUGAAUCCGUAGCGUUUGGUUGAAUAGAUAUAGACAUCUAUGUCUUAACGUCCACACUUUUCGAAAUCAAUUGAAUUUUCCUUUUUUUUUUUCUUUUGAUAAAAUGGAUGUGGGCUUUCUGUACGAGACGUAUGUGAAUUUCACUUGGAAAAAAAUGUGUUUUAGCCGAGGUUAUUAUUUAUUUGAUCAAGGAACUUGUUAUAAAAGCACAUCAUACUUCUUGAAAUCUUAUGGAAGUGUUUUUUUUGGUUUUGUAACCUUCACAGGCAAACAGAACAUUUUCAGACAUUGAAAAACUGAUACAUCUCGCCGAGGAAUGGUUGAACACUUCAAAGAAGAUCCGUGGCGUGUUACGGCAAAAUGACUCACAGUACUACCUUGGACUUCUGCUCAACAAUAAACAUAAAUGUCUGCAUCGAUAUAACAACGAGGCUUACAACCUAACUGGGCACAAACCUAGCGAAAACUUCAGGUGAUUAAAGAGGCCUUCCAAAAAUUGUAUCGCAAUGAAUGAUAUUCAUAGCACUACUAACACUAGAAAAACUCGGUUCUGCCCUUUUCCGUUAUCAUAAACGUCGUUCUAAAUCUCUUUUUAUUCUCACUUGUAUCUGACUUUUCAGACAAUACGAAGGACUUGAUGAACUCCUAACCCGCAGUUGCGAUAACACUAACCCAUUAAUUACCCAACUGGACAUGAUUGAUAGUGUGGCUCGCUUGUGGUUGGAAAUGGCUUCACAUCUCAACCUAAAUAUCUUCAAAGGUUUUAAAGAUGAGAGAUCUCUGCUGAAUUUUGCCCUAAAUAUCAACGGCUCUAAGAAUGGAGACACUUCUAAAGUCGUUGCAGGUUAGUAGGCCCACCCGUUUUUAUUUUAAAGACUAACUUAAAAUACUAUAAGAAAAAAUGGAGCCUAUUUCGAUUCUGAUAAUUUGUCUUGUCUUGGCCUUAAACCUUUUGGCGCCUAGCAUCUAAUUUCUUCUUGCAAUUUCACACCCGAAUGGCAAACUAACGUUAACAAGAAUAGAGGAAAUGAUCACCAACUAAAGAGGAUCUUGAUUUUUCAACAAAUUCUCCUUGUUAGCACUUGGGGAAAUACAUAGAGAACUGUAGGGAGAAUGUGCAUACUGAUGUUAUGAUAUGAAGGGUUAAGCACUUGCACAGUUAGAUAGGAAGUUUUAAACCAUCUUACCUCUUCCAGGAAUCGUGUUCAUGAACAUAAAGGUGAAUGUCAGCCUGCCUCCUCACGUUAAAUAUAAGAUUCGGAUGAAUGCUUCCUAUUUUACGCCCGCGACCGACAGCAUCCGUGAUCGCUACUGGAUGCCGGGGCCCCAGAGUUGGAAUCAGCGUUACUAUGACUUAGGAUUUACCUGGCUUCAGGACCAGAUUGAGAGGGCUAUUGUUGAUCUGCAUGCUGGGCGAGAAGUCAUCAAACCAGCUGUCUACCUCCACGAGAUGCCGUAUCCGUGCUAUGUGAAAGACAAGUAAGAAUUUAACUUGUCACGAGCGUGAGGACAAAGAAAUUAUUCUGAGUCUCCAUAAGGUAUUGGGCUAAACUCGCGCGAGGCUUUCGACUUCGCUGAUCCUAGCAGUAUGCGAUUAGCGUGUCACAUACGAUCCUUAAAGUUUGCAGGCUCAGUGGUAGAGCGACCUAGCGCGGAAUUCGAAGGUCUGAGGUUCGAUUCCUUAUGGGUACUCAGAACUUUUUCUUUCUCCCACACUCGUGACAAGACAAAGAAAAAAAAUUGUCUUCUUUUCACAACCAAGCUCACAAUUCACCAUCUUUCGUACAGAAUUUAGAUGCCGUUACAGUUGUGUUUGCAAUAGAACUGACAUAGAAAAAAUGAAAAAGUGUGUCCCACAGUUGUUUAAGAUUUCUCUUAAAUUACCAAUCAUAACAAACUCUCUAUCAAAUUUUGUUGUUUUCUUUUUCUUCUCCAGUUUUAUGUUCAUCAUCGAGCACAUGAUGCCUCUGUGCAUGACAGUGUCGUGGAUUUACACCGUAGCUCUGGCUGUACAAGCCAUUGUGUACGAAAAAGAACAGCGCCUGAAGGAAGUCAUGAAGAUGAUGGGUCUGUCUAAUGCUGUGCACUGGGUGGCGUGGUUUAUCACCUCACUCUGUGUCAUGUCCAUUACUGUGGGCCUUCUGGUUAUAAUCCUUAAGGUAAGUGGCUUUACAUACCGUCCUUUUAGAUUUUCCCUUUGCAUGGAGCACUGAUUUCCAGAUUUUACAGGAAAACACAAUCGUAGCUUGGGAACUUGCGUUGUUCCGCGCACAAAUUAGUUUACAGUUUACUUGUUUCGAUUCUUGGUUGUCAUUAGCUAAUUUCGAUUUACUCUUUUGUUCUUAUUGGUCGUCGUAAUUACUGUUGUUUUAGUUUGACGAUACUUUAUCGAAAUUUUCUCUAUAAUGUAGCUGUCGGCUUUGACCUGAUGAUCUGAAGAGUGGCUUCUCUUAUUACAUGCCUCGUAGUAAUGGUUGGGGGGGGGGGGGAAGGGUGGGGGCUGGAUGAAAGGAAGGAGGAGAACGAACACGCUUGCACCAAAUCCAGUGGAAGAAAAAACUGAUUACAAGAUUGCUUGAAAGCAGUAUAAAACGUUUCCUCGAAAAGUCUCCCAAAAUUUACCAAAUGACAAUGGAACUUGUACAAAUUUUUAAAAUUUUCUUGGGAUAGACGUUUACGGACUCUCCUCCGGUCCAAUACGAUGCAGCCUAAUCAUUACUGCUUAUGGGGCCCCCUCAAAAACUCGUUCCUAUAGGUCUGGGGCGAAAGACUGCAUAUGAAGAAGUUAUUAUUGCGUUUAACCAGUCGGGAAAUUUGCAUACCCCAGUUGCCUCUUGGAUUAAAUGAAGUCAUUUCCAUAGGAAUACUAACGCGUAGUCUUGUUAUUAUGUCCACAGUACGGCAAGGUGUUGUACUACAGCGAUCCUGUUAUUAUCUGGUUGUUCCUCAUGACGUUUGCCGUGGUGACCAUUAUAUUCUGCUUUCUCAUCUCAGUGUUUUUCUCCAAAGCGAAGUUAGCGUCUGCCUGCGGCGGGAUAAUAUAUUUCUUGACCUACCUUCCUUUUGUGUUUAUUUCCAUCCGAGAGGAGGCUGGUUUUGUGAACGUGUCUGGCAAAGAGAAAAUGGCUGCUAGUUUGCUCUCCACUUCCGCUUUCGGAUUGGGAGCGAGGUACUUUGCCAUAUACGAAGAGGAAGGCGUCGGGGUGCAGUGGUCCAAUCUAGGAAAGAGUCCCGUAUGUAUUAUAUAACAAAGCGCAGGAAAGAUCCCCGUAUAUUUUACAAAUCAUAGCUUAGGAAAGAGUCCUGUACACCUGUAUGUUUUACAUGAAAUAAUUUAAUUAGGAUCAGGUUUCUUAUUUAUUACUUAACAUAAUUUAUUUAAUUCAGGAUUUACUAAGUUUGUUGACUUCUUCACCACAAAGUGUCCCAGGGCGUUCGUCUUUCAGUCUGGUAACGCUCAUUUAGAACUGUUUCGUAUUGGAGGCUACUAUGCAUUAAUUUUCAACAAUAUUCUUAACCUCAAGUCGAAGAUACCGCUGCAUUUGAUAAAUUUGCAUUCCACUUCCAAAGUCGCACAUUAAUUCUGAUCCAUGCGUGGGAAUGAAGUCGCAGAUGGACGAAACUCUUUUAAAACAAGACGUUCUGUACUUAAAGGGAUAGCUCUAGAUGCAGUGCAAUUUAUACGUCACUUUAAAGAAUAAGGGAUUAAUUUCCAUUUUUUUUUCUUUUUUCAUGACUGAGCUCUUCUACUAACUUUCCUCUCGCAGGACAAUCUUCAAUACCUUUGUUCUUAAUAUUUACACAAUAUUGAUUUAUAAAAUAAACCCUAGCUAUUCUGACUUUGAAAAUAAUGUCGAUCUCCACCGUUUUUGACCCCAGAUCAAAGGAGAUGAUUUCAACCUGCUGACAGUUUUGUACUGCAUGUUGAUGGACGCUGUAAUCUACGCUAUUAUGGUGUGGUACAUAGAGGCUGUUCACCCAGGCUCCUACGGCCUUCCGCGGCCCUGGUACUUUGUCUUUCAGCCUUCGUACUGGUUCGGCCACAACACGCAGUCCUGUCCUAAGAUGAGCCGUCGAACAUUUCAAAUGAUGACAUCGGAUGAGCUGGAGGAUGCGCCUCAGGCAGAUGGACUGUUGGCGUAUGAGAGAGAACCUAUCCACCUAUCACUGGGUGUCACAAUAGAAAACCUUGUUAAGGUAUGUAAAAUAUGGUCUUGUCUUGUCUUUUUUGCUUUUGCCAAUUCCUUUGUUAAAGGUAGAUGUAGUCGCUUGCUAAUAUUUGCUAGUUUGCACUGUGAACCAGCACAUACUCACUUAGACACAUUUUGUAAAGUUUCGACUUCUUGGAGUUCUGGAUGGCAAAGGUGACAGCGCUCUUGCCCGCCUUGUUACGGGGUUUAGAUGUUAACGACCUUAAAAAAAGCCCAAAGAUAAAUUUUUAAGAGGUCAUUAGCCCCCUGGGAAUGAAAUCGUAGUACGAUAGUCCGUUCGAUGUUUAGUUCAUCACGAGUAAACCAAGAAUUCAAUCCUCUUAAUUGCUGAUAUUCUUGUUUUUGUAACGUUGCCAUUAAUUCAAAUUCGUUGACAGGUUUACAAAGAAGGCAAAAAGCUAGCGGUUGACGGACUAACGCUUAAUCUUUAUGAAGGACAAAUCACUUCUUUCCUCGGCCACAACGGAGCUGGGAAGACAACAACCAUGUCAAUCUUGACAGGUCUGUUCCCGCCCACUGCUGGCACUGCAUACAUCUAUGGCUGUGACAUCAGGAAUGACAUGGAUAAGAUCCGGCGGAGCCUGGGAAUGUGUCCGCAGCACAAUGUUUUAUUUGACAGGUUAGUGAAAGGCCAACUUUUAACUCAGUCGCUGAUUUGUAAGAAUUGAGGGUACAAUUUUUAAACGGUGAAUUGAAGAACAACACGGGUUGCUUGUGGGUUGUGCACUUCAAUAUUUCCCGCUCAAUUAAAAAUCAGAAUUUCUGUCUGUAUUUAUUUACUUUACUGGUCCUGGUAGAGCCAGGUGUAAAUAUAGGCAAUGUUCUGUCUUUUUUUUCACCUCAUAGAGUGAUAAAAAAUAGUUGCGUAAGCCGUAUGGGUGCAGGUCAAAUUGUUGGGACGAAGAAUAAGAAAUUUCAGUUUGAAAACUUAUUCUAUAUAUUGGUACAAAUUAUUGCAGUGCUCAUUUAUUGAUUGAGUUCCACGCCCCCAGACGCAACUUAUACUGUUGACUCAAUAGUCAGAAUUGCCACACGCUAUCGUCGAAUUGGAAAUGGUAUUCAGAGUUUCCGUUUUUGUUUUUGAUUCUGGAUGUUCAGGAUGACAGUAGAUGAGCAUUUAUGGUUCUAUGCAAGACUUAAAGGAAUGCCAGAGCAAGAUGUCCAACGGGAGAUGGAUCAGUAAGUACAUAAAUUCCUUAGUUGUAAUUUAUUGAUAGAUGAAUCAAACGAGAUAUUAAUCAGGAAGUAUAUUAUUUCGUCUGUUGUAAGUAACUGUGACACAUUAUAAUGAGUAACAAACGGUUUGAAGUUUAGAGAAAUGAAGAGGUUUAGAUCAAUAUUUAACACUUAUUUCCUACAGAGGAUUUCUGUUAAAGUUUCCUCGCACUACACUUUCUAAAAUUAUGUGCCUCUCGUAGUAACAAUUAUGUCAAGUGUGACGGGUCCUCAAAACCUCUGUACAUUUUCCUCUUCUUACAGCUGUAAUGUUUGUCUUCUUGUUUUGUUUGGCUUGUAGUUAUUGCCUCUUUAACCGCUAGUUCUAUUACACCCUUCCUCGUUUGUAACGAAAAAGCUGAGGUCUGGGAUCGACUGUCCUCUAAGGUAUCUUGCUGUGUUUGGAGCCCAGACACUACCCUCACAGAGCUUCUCUCCACUCAGGAGUGUAAAUGGGUGACGCUGAACUGUCAGGGGAGCCUGAUGUAUGGGGCCCUCUAUGGUGCACAAACAUUUCAGUAAUUUGGAAGAGUUGGGUAGAAGAGUAGAGAUACUCUACGAAUCUAUGUCAUGAAACCUGGGAGAAGCUCCGGCUCAAUUAACUCAUCGGCCCGUUUGCUUACUGUACCUUUACCUUACUUUAACAGGCUUGUCAUGGACGUAGGGCUACCCAAGAAACGCCACUGCGCCGUGGAAACCCUGAGUGGAGGCAUGAAGAGAAAGCUCUCUGUGGCCAUGGCCUUUGCGGCUGGGUCAAGAACUAUUAUCUUAGAUGAGCCCACUGCUGGUGUGGAUCCUUACGCCAGGAGGGCCAUAUGGGACCUUUUGAUUAAGUACAAGAGAGGUAAGCAAAUUUAAAUAAUGGCUAAGAUUGACAAAUCAGUUCAGGUCAAAUCGAUGGAAGGUUGCAUCGGAGACCUCAAUCCAUUCUGAACUAACUGACCUUGGUUAGAGUUUCGCUGCGUGCCACUGGACAAAGUACACAGUUCUUAGGGCUUUUAUGAAAUUGUUAUGUUGUCACAGCCUUCGAUUUCUUCUUAUAGGCAUUACAGGUUGAUUCGAAGGUUUCUGUUAAGAGGGAUAGUCGAACGCUCUUCUGGUCUGGAAGUUGUCUACUUUCCAAAUCUUAUACAGUACUGAGUUUAGAAAGGAUUAAGCUAAGAGACUGGCAUCCCUUAAGUGCACCUUUCCCUCGCGGUUAUCCUUUACAAGUUAUUCUUACAUCACCUCACCUUUUCAUUCAUCCCGAGAGGAUCUAGAAUUAAACAAUCUUGUUCCGAGAAUUUAGCUUAUUUGGUCAUUCCGAGCCCAUCUAUUCAGUUAUUUACUGCUAAACAUUCACGCACCAUGCAGGGUACUCUUAACAUUAUUCCCUCGAGCCUACAUCACUCGUGUUGAAAAAUAACAGUAGAUAGAUUGCCUUUUUAUAAGACUCAAACUCGUUAGUUCAAGAGACUUAGAAAAUGAGCGUGGUUGUUUCCAGGUCGAACUAUCUUACUCUCCACGCACUUUAUGGACGAGGCAGACUUGUUAGGAGACCGUAUCGCCAUCAUUUCAAACGGCAAGCUCCGCUGUGUAGGCUCGCCACUUUUCUUGAAGAGUCACUUUGGAGAUGGUUACCAUCUUACCCUGGUAAAGAAGCACGACAGAACUCUUCAGGGGUCCAUAGUGAAUGUUCAUAUGACACCCGCGGAAUCUAGCCAGGGACUGGAAACGAGCGAAACGAGAUCAAGCAACAGCACACUUCAUUCUGGUAAGUGUAACAUUCGAAUUCGGAACUCAUCGUUAUAGGGUAGACGAGCUCACCACUACAUAAUUCCAGCCGCCCAAAUUGUAUUUACCGAAGCAAAAUUUAUCCAGGCACUGAUCUUUGGAAUCUCUGUGAUACGCAGAUCAUCUGAGCAGUGAUGAAGACCAUGCGAAAAAGGUUACAAAUUUCAUCAAAUCUCACGUGCCAGCAGCCAGGCUAGAACAGAAAACUCAACAGGAACUCACGUUUAUCCUGCCUGACAACUCCGUCAAACGGGGAGGAUUUGAAAUUUUCUUUAGUGAUUUGGAGAAGAAACAAUCUGAGCUGGGGAUUGAUAGUUUUGGACUCACUGACACCGCACUGGAGGAGGUAUUUUUAGAAUUAAAAAAAGUUUGGUAAAUUUGUUUUGUAAGUUGAAUUGGGGUUAAUGGAGGUUUCGCCCCAUUAAAAGUCCCCCCUCUCCCUUCAUCGUAGGGGCGAGUUCGCCCCUAUGGUAAAACAAGUUCGCCCCCAUUUUAGCGUGCCUUCGUGGACUAGCGUUUGACACUGAAAAAAGAAAUGCAUGUUAAUCAAAAUGUUAUGAUUUCGACAGUAAAGGAAUAUGUUCGGUCAUAAAGAACGAGUCGAAACACUUGGGGCGAACUGGAAGGGGUGAUGUCGUUUUAUUUCUGAGGGCAAACCGGAAAAGAAGGUAGGGGACGAACUUGCAAUGGAGCAAAACCUUCAGAUACCUUAAUAGGUAGCUUUAAACUACUAUUUGUUCAAGCAACUUUCUACUUCUGGUUCGGAUUAAUCGCGCGAAACUCUCAGCCUAUCAGUUUCUUUUGGAUGGUGCGACGGGGUACGCUGGGAGAGGGGAACUUCUCAUAGUCUAAGUUCGAAGACAAAGCUUUCUCCUCCUUUAUUGAUAAUGUUAUUUUUUGUUGUAGGUUUUCCUGAAGGUAACCGACGUUUCAUCUCGAGAUGAAUCAGGUUUGUCAACCUUACUGAUUUACGAAGAACUGCCUCUAUAGCGGACACCAACAUCCGCAAAAUUUACCGUUGAUGUUGUACACUUUACAAUUAGGGGAGGCAAAGGAAAAAUAAGAUUUAUCGUAUUCAUCAAAAAUGCAAAUAUUUAACAGUGUUGUAAAUAAUAAUGGUUCAUCAGACUGAAAGAGUUUAAUGAAAGCCGUUCGAGGCUCGCGUGAACGAGGAGUUGAAUCAUCGUUGUGUUCAUACUUUUAAUGUCACUGAAGUUCAGUCUCUACUGUUGUUUUGUUUAAUACUGUUAAGCUGCGAGUAUAAUGCAUACUAACUUGACUAACCUUUCAAAAAUACCGUAGGACUGCUCGGGAUAGAAAGCGAUAUCCAACCCAGAGAGAGAAGUAAUACUCCAGGGUAUCACUGUCUAAAACCUUCCAUAGUUUUGUUCAUUGCGUAGAAGAAAAGGAACAGAAGUGGCAUGAAAAUUAAAAAAAAAAAUUCAGUGCCUCUCCGUAAGCCUCCCCUCUGAACCUCCCCUCUCCUGACGUGAGCAGUUUGAAACCAUAAAAAUCUCAGACCUUGGCUACCUUUUUCAUUCUCCCGCCCACUUAAAUAGUUAGUGACAGCCCUGAGGGGCUCGUACUUUUAGAAAUCAACUUAGUUCAAAUUUCUUAAGACUAAUGAAACAUCCAGGCGUCCAGACCGGCACAAAUCUUAUAACACUUUAUUUUGCGCCUGACAGAAGAACUCAAUUCUUCCAUCAUUGAAAACUCCUCAAACCAUGCUGAGUCUUCGAGCACUAUGCUCAGCGGCGAUCCCUCUGGACCAGGUGACGAGUGGGAGGAAGAUUUACCAAGGGAAGGAGAGAUUGAACUCGGCGACUUUUCGGAGGUUCGAUACAAUGCGAGAGAACAACUGUUAAGCCCAGAGAUCCAGGAAGAGGCCGGCUAUCAAUAUGGUAAGUACACAUUCAAACCGAUUUAGCCAGAACAAGUGCUGAUUGGCUUUUAGGAGUCGAGAUUGUACGUAGAUCGUGAAUGAUUAAGGAUCUUUCAUUUAGCUUUGGAAACCAUGUUUGUACAAAAAAAGUUUGUUUACAUAUUUUCACGUUUGACUGCAGUUGUCAUGCAAGAAGAAAUAUUAAGCGAAAAAUUAAGAAAAAGAGAUAAAAGAAAUCCUUGUUGUGUUUUUAAAUAUAUUCUUCGUGAAAAAUUACUUGACUUAGUAUAAUUCGACGUAAUGCAUUUAACCAAUUUUCGGACCGCUUUCGACUUUCGAACGUCGGAAUAUACGAUUUCUCAGGCCUAUACGCUUUUUCCUCCCAGCUGAUCAGACGCCGUUUAAUGCAGCAUUCCAAGGUGUUGGUUCUCGCACACUCACUGGUGCUCCUCUAAAACUGCAGCAGUUCUACGCGCUGUUGAUAAAACGUUUCCACCAUGCACGUCGAAACUUCAAAGGAGUCAUCUCUCAAAUCCUUUUACCUGCCAUUUUUAUCUCUAUUGCUAUGGUUAUGGCCCUUUCGUUUCCCAAGACCCCGGAUCAACCUCCAUUGGAAUUAACUCCAUCCAUGUUCCCGCGGCCUAACUACAUCCCGUUUGCAAACGAGGCUAAGGGAGUGAACCGCUUGGCGUCGCGACUGGACAAAACACUGACUCUCCUCUCUGGGGUGGGAGCGACUUGUUGUCUGCGUUCAAUCAAUCUAACUACCACAGACUCUAAACCUUCAAAGGAGAACUUAGCCCAAUUGUUCAAUCAUUCGUGUUCGGUCUCGAUAGACGAAGUUUCUGAUGAUUAUUUCAAACCGUCCAACAUUAACCUGGGGUUCAUUUACACAAACGGAUCUAAUGUGUCCCAUGCAGUUACUCACAAGGACACGGGCAGGGGUGCCGGUGCUCCGCUAACAGGACGGCGUAUGUGUGCGACCGGGGAGCGGCCGGGACAUCCUAAGGAACUGGUCACCAUUACAUUGGAUACAUUACAGAACAUCACGGGGAGAAAUAUUUCAAAAUAUCUCCUGUAUACCACGAAGACUUUUAGGCUUCACAGGUAAUGAUCGUAAACAAUGUAAUUGAACUAUGUUUAUUUGGAUCUUCUGGUCUCUUGACGGGUCCUAGGGAAUGAAGCUUACGGGCGGGGGAGGAGAUGCCUAUGAAGGGAUAUCAUUUUGAUUGGUGUAACCGGAGAUUUUAGCUGCGAAGGUGUAAGCUGUUGAGAGUGGAAGGGGCGGGGGAGGAGGGGUAGGGUUUUCUUUUAGAGGAGCAAACGUGUCGGUAACAAUUAGAUGGGGAUUUCAAGCGGUAUUUUAUAGUAUAGCAUUUGGGCGUCUGGGGUAAACGUUCCCAAUUUUUAGUUCUUUGACGUGAUGGCGUUUUUAUCUUUCCGUACCAUAGAUAUGGUGCGCUCUCCUUCGGUGAAGUUGUGAGUUUCGUGCCUCAGAAGUUGGACAAAGUUAAAAUAGCCUCUGUUAGACGAUUAGCUGUCAGAGAAGCUGUCAAGGUUUGUAUAUAUAUAUUUGUUUGUUUGUCUUCAUAUAGACUUGCAUGCAUACUCACCCGGCUUGCUUCUUACUUCUGUAGGCGUGGUACAAUAACAAGGGCUACCAUGCCAUGCCAACGUACUUGAAUGUUAUGAACAAUGCCAUUCUGCGAGCCUCUCUGGCAAAGGAGAAGGGGAAUCCUGCAGCCUAUGGUACGUAGUAGACACAGCGAUGUUAACAGCUGCUUUUUAUAGGAGGUUUCCAAAGAAGUUGUCCCUGUUUAAUUUCAUUUGUGGAUCACUGUGCAGAUUUCCCGUUGUAACAAAUCAGUGUUUCCAAAAUUUCCCUAUUUUUUUAAGUGUUACACUCAUCUUCAAAGUCGUCUUUUGUAAACGCCUCUUUGAUUCAUUUGUUUUGAUUUAUAUUCUCGUGUUGUACAUUUCGAUUGAAUUUCCUCAAACCAACACCAAAGGAAUCACAACUGCCAAUUGGAACAAAGGAGAGUUUAUAGAGGAGCUAACGAUAUUUCAAAAUAAAGUAAGCAAACCGUCUGAAACGCGCUUGAACUCAAGUAACUAAGUCGCGAUUAGUUUUAUUUUCGUCUCUCGUUGGUGUAGAGGAGACCAAUUAUUAAUCAUAGGAAAGAAAAAAGGAAGACAAUUUUACACAUGAUAAGAAAUUACCCCUAAUUCAAUUUGGUAGCUCUUUAUCAUCAUCAUUAUAAUAGUGAAGCGGGACAUGAAAACAAAGCUUCCUACUACUUUUGUGUUAACAAAAAUUCCUUUUUCCUUUGACAGGUAUCACAGUGUUUAACCAUCCCUUCAAUAAAACUGAUUCCAAUCAGCUGUCAGCCAGAUACAUGUGAGUUGUUCAGAUUAUUCAUUUAUCCACUUUGUCAAGAGGAUAGGAGACGCUGUGCCUAACGUCGGGUUAGCACUGUGGGCUUUAAAUCGAGAGGUCUGGGGUCGAACCCUGGCCGAGUCAAUAUGUGGUGCUUUUCGGUAAGACGCUUCCAUAUCCACAGCCGGGUUGUUCAAAACUUGAUUAAGCUACCCAUGUUUCAUUUAAUUUUUUCUGUAGCUCUUCCUGACAAUUUUAGCAUUCACAUUUUGUUUCCUUCAAUUUUGCUUACAGCAAGAUGAAAUCAAAUUAAAAAACGAGCUCGAAUAUAUGCUUCUCUCACGAAAAACCAAAACGAAGUUUUAAUUUUAACUUUCAAUUAACGCGGAGCUUCUUUUAAAUAACCAGCCCGAGGUUUAUAAAUGAGUACCGGUGAACUGUUACGAAACAUAAACAAAAUACUGGGUCGGUUUCUUACGAUGGUUUUGCAUUACAUCUAGGAAGAGUUCUUUGAUGGAGCUAUUAUGUUAUUUUGCAGGCGUCAAGGAACAGAUCUAGUGAUUGCUAUCUUUGUGAUAAUCGCCAUGUCGUUUGUACCGGCGAGUUUUGUCGUAUUUCUUGUAACCGAGAGAGCUUCCAAAGCUAAGCAUCUGCAGUUUGUCAGCGGCGUCGACCCCGUCAUUUACUGGCUUUCUAACUACGUUUGGGAUCUGGUAAGUAAAGAGUUUUCAUUCUUUUAGACAAAUUCUUGCCUUUGUCUCACACUUUGUCCGCUUUUGAGUUUGAGUUCAGCUUAGGACAAUUAGAGUGCAGUAAACGAAAGUACUCCGAGAGGUACAAAAGUUAAGUCAAUCGCGACUUUCUCGCUUGCUUUUUUGGGUUCUGAGUGAUUUCUGGUGAUUUAUAUGAUUGUUUUGAUUUGCUACUGUGAUUACUUUGGGUUUUACGAUUCUAAGUCGAAAAGCGUUCUAUAGCAAAAAGUCUUCAGCAAUCGCGGUUAUUCAAGACGUGUAGCAAGUAGAUUGACAACUAAAGCUGCAUUAUAAACGAAAACUGUGUUACCGUGACUCUUCCCACAGUGUAACUACCUAAUCCCAGCGUGUGCCUGUAUCACUCUCCUACAUGUGUUUAAAGUACCAGCCUACUCUUCAGACACGAACUUCCCGGCCGUUGUCUGCCUCUUCCUGCUUUACGGGUGAGUUAAUGAAUGACCACAAACUGUUUCUCUUGUACGAAGCGGAUCGACAGUUACCCAAUGAAAGUCAAAAUAAUCCGGUAUUGCUCUGGUUUGUUUUACCUGGAUCUGUGAUUUGUCAAUAAAACUCGCACUACCCUCUCCACUAAUCACUGACAAGUUAAAAAUAGAAGUUAACCCUUUAACUCCCAAGAUCUCAUCAGUAAUUCUCCUCACUUUCUGCCAUACAGUUCUUGUGAUGUUAGUUUUGAGAAUUUGGUAUUGGAUCAACUAAUGAUCCUCUAAAUGAUAUUUUUAUUUAUUCUCAUCACCUGUCUGCUUGAUAUUGUAUUGAUAUCGUAAGGAGAAAUUCUGUCGCGAUCACUUAGGGGAGUUAAGGGUUAAACCCAACGGCGGAUUGACUUAGUCACCCGCCUUUUCCCAUGAUUCAGGGAGUUUGCUUGAGUUUACUUCCAAUACUCUUUAGCUUUUGGUAGUCUUGAAAUAUUUUAAUCCGUUCAAAAUGGGCGUUGUGACAAUUUUAUCUUUGCUUUGGUUUUUACGGCGCUCAGUCAAAUUGCGCUGUGAUUAAUUACCGAUUGGUUUCUCUUUGAUUUAUGGUGCAUUCUGGUGAUUUGGUUACCGUCACCCACCAUCUGAUCGUUUCACCCUGCUGUUGUACCGUAGUUAAAAAUAUUUCUUUACCUGUCUCUUAUAAACUAGUUUUCGCUUAACUUUCACUUGACGUUUCGUUGCAGAUGGUCCAUUACUCCCAUGAUGUAUCCAGGAGCGUUCUAUUUCAGCGAAGCCAGCUCCGCGUACGUGUUUAUGAUAGUGGUUAACCUCUUUGUUGGAGUUACUGCCACCGUUACUACAUUCAUUCUGCAGCUUUUCCCAGAUGAUGUGGUAAGAUACUACACUAAAAGAAUCUUUAUGUGUGCUUAAAUCUCGUGCUCUACUUAAAUUUUCUCUUAGCAUGCAACGUUUGGUUAGAGGUGAUGCUAAGCAAACUAACGCCGACACAGUAUAGUAAAAAAAACUGGCGGAGUUAUAACUAUCACACGAUGUUUUCAGGAUCUUUUUUUCAACACGCCAAAUUACCUUGAACGUGAGGGAAAUCGAAAAUUUUUAAUUUGUCAGAGAGAGUGACAGCAAUAUGGGAAAAUGUCCCAUAAAGGCACGAGAAUGAUUCAGGAUAGAGACGAUUCACAAUUAAGGAUUGCAAGCAACCAAUUUGAAUGUAUGAUACACGUGAGAAAGACAUUUUUUGUUCUCAGUAUCGUUCAUGUUGCUUCCUAUGAAAUAGUAUGUAAAUGGAUAAUAUUUUGUAUUGUUUGAUAGGUGACUCCCCUCAAUAGUGAGCUCUCCUUUGAAGUUCCUGAUUGAAUCUAUUUGCUCUUUUUUCAGCUGUUAACCAAAGUUUACGAAGCCUUGAGAAUUAUCAAUCUUGGAUUUCCGAACUACUGUUUGGGACAUGGUCUUAUGGACCUGGCUUACAAUCAGUAUUUGACAGAGUACUACACACAGAUAGGUAUAACAUGGAGAUUAUGUCAUGGAAAGAGCGCGCGAAAGAUGUUUAUUCACAAGUUGCGAUGCAUCAAAAAAACGAACUAGUGAGCGCCGCGAACGAGUGAUUUUUUUGAUACAUUGCAACGAAUGACCUAAAGUCGUUCCAGCACUUUUGAUGAUAUGAUGUUUUUAUUUCAAACAUUCCCAUAUUUUUUCACAUUUGAAUUCGAAGACUGGAAGCGAACGACUGUGAAAAUACAUCGUUCGUCUAAUCAGAGACACGAAUGAUAAUACUUCGCAGUGUAAAUCUCAGUAUGUAUGGAGUAAAAUCAAUUACGAGUUGUUAGAGCACAUUAGAAAUUGCACUAGACGUAAAUAGGUAUAACUGAUGUCACCAUUUUCAUGAAUCUGACCAAAACAAAGGGAGAGAAACAGUUACUCCUAGAUGGUUGAUAUUUCCGACAACUCAGUUAUCAGGCUAAAAGCUUAGACAAUUAAGUUUUUUCCCAAGUGGUUUAGUUCCAACGCAGUUGGCUUCGUCUUCGUUUUAGACCUUUUGUCUGUUUUCAGGUGAGGACGAUAAGAUUAGGGAUCCCUUUGAAUGGCUCCUCACAACACGUAACCUGGCAUGCAUGGCUGUGGAAGGAAUAGUGUUCUUUAUUUUCACCGUGCUGAUAGAAUUCAGAUUCUUUGUGAAGCGAAGGUGAGCUUUUAAAGUCCUUCACCUGCAAGAAAAACCAAAAGGAAUCUCUACAUGUAAUGUUAAUAUUUUCAAGCAAAAUAUUGAUAAGGUUAAAAGAAAACUUUCAAUUGGGUAAUAUUCACUGUUUUAACGAAAAAUUCUUAGAGCUAAAAUUGGUAAGAUAUGUUUGGCAAGUAGUAAGAGAGUUGAUUUUAGAUCGCAGGAUUGACAGGAAUAAAAGAAGAACGCCACGAAAUGAUAGUUGUUAUAACUUAUACCGAUGUGUUCUCUUAAGACGCACGCACGUGUCCAAGGAACCAGUGGAGGGCCUGGAUGAGGACGUAGCAGCUGAGAAAGACAGAGUUCUGAGUGGGGGCGCCAGAAGGGACCUUGUACGGUUAGAAAACUUAACAAAGGUGAGGCGUUGCGAUCCGCGAAGAUUCAGUGGAUUUAGAUCAGUUACACAGUAGAUACAGGUGUAACACAGCCUCGUUUGCUUAAUUGAAGUCAGUGGCGUUAUUCUCAGCGUUAUUGCUGAUGAAAGCAACAGAUAACUGCCUUUGAAAUACGACUUUUCAAUAAAUUUCGGGAUUGUCACCAAUUUAUCGUCCUUUUCUCUUCGAAGGUUUACUUUUCUAGAAAGCGUGGUAAGCAUCUGGCCGUGGAUAGACUUUGUUUAGGGGUACCUAAGGGAGAGGUGAGUUUUACACUAUCAGUUGGAACCGAUUUGCAAAUUCAUUUGAAGAUUCUGUAGUAGAAAAUUCACAGCGCAUUUUCUCAAGGUUAUCCUUCGUCCUUGCAGUGUUUUGGUUUGCUCGGUGUUAAUGGAGCUGGAAAAACGAGUACAUUUAAGAUGUUAACCGGAGACACCUCAUUGACGGCGGGAAAUGCCUACCUAAACACACACAGGUUAGUCAUGAGCCGAAGGUUAGUUCACUGAAAUGAGUUUUGCAGUUGCUUAUUGCAAUAGUUAUCGGUCAUCAUCAUCAUCAUCAUCAUCAUCAUCAUCAUCAUCAUCAUCGCUCGUUGCGCCAGUAGGCGCAUGAGGCCGUCACAUUGUCCUCCCAACCCCCCUGUCGUGUGCCACUGCCUUGGCCAAAUUCCAGCUCUUCCACCCUGCCUUGCCUCUCUCUCUUUCGACAGUCCUUCUCCAAGUGGUUUUUGGUCUUCCUCUCGCCCUUCGACCCUCUGGUGUCCACCCCAAUGUGGUAAAACAGUUAUCGAUGGAUAAGUGUAAAGGAGCUUAGAGUGGAACACCAAAUAGCUUGCAAUAUAACCAAUCUGGUCAGGACAUUUGACUGCUUUGAAACAAUCUGAAGAUCCGCCCUCUUUGGAAAUUAUCGGACAGUCUUGGAGUUGUCGCUCUAAUUAGCCCUCUCAUCGAUAAUUCGAAUUUUCGAUCGUGUAAUUAUGUUUUAGAUAGGUGAAUGGCCUUCCAGACAGGGAGACAGAUGGGUAGAUUGACGAACUGACAGACGCAGAAACAGACACAUUUACAGACAGACAGACACAUUAAUGGAUAGACAGAUGGAUAAACGGAUAGACAGACUGACAGACUCAGUGAGGCAAUGACCUAUAGACAGAAACAGAUGCUUAUAGAGACGCUGUUACGGCAGGCAGACAGACAGACUGACGGAUGUAGACAGACAUUGACGAGAUAGACAUAAGUAUGGACUGUUUUACCGACGAAAUGACAGAUCAAUUAAUUAACGUUUGUUUUUUCUUUGACAACAGUAUUGUGUCCGAGAUGCAGAAGGUCCAUAAGUGCAUGGGAUACUGUCCCCAGUUCGACGCUCUCAUCGAUGAACUGACAGCGAGUGAACAUCUGACGCUUUACGCACGGCUUAGAGGAAUUCCUGGAAACGAAUUGCAGUCGGUAAGUAGCAUGGACCAUCUGUGUAGCCCUCUGUAGCGCUUGCGAUUUUAGAUUUUAAACUUACCCUCUUUGAGAUUGAAUGCCACUUUGAGACAAAACCUAUGAAAAUAGUAGUUAAAAGGAAAAUAAAGAAAUUUAGUUUCGGCCUGUUUUAAACGUUCUGUACUUAAAUUUCACGAUUCCUAAAUGUUGUGUCACUGGUAACAACUGGUUGUGGAAAAUUUAAUAAAAAACUUGGUCGUUGUCCCAUUUGCCCCCCAAAAUGAGAAUUCAGUUGGAUCACGCAUCAAGCUACCAUGUCUUAAUGAGCCGUGAAACAAGUGAAGGGGACUCAAUAUCCCUGUUUGGCUCAGAAGUAAUCUAAAGUGCUAACUUCUCUCAAAAUUUCACCACAUCAUCGAUUAAAAGUAGAUGAAAAUGGAUAAACGUUUUAGUUGUAGAGUUUUAUUUGAUAUAAGGAUUAAGAACCUCUAAUCAAAUCGCGGGAGUUGAAGGGUUAAAAAGUUUUGUUUGCAAAUUUAGGUCUCGCUCACCCCGCGAGCAUCAUUUUUACAAAUUCACUCUCUAGCGUUUAUCUUACGUAGUAUAGAUUUUUGUUGUGAUGGAAUCUUGUAUUUAUCGUUAGGUUGUAACGUGGGCGCUCAAGAAGCUUUCACUGUCACGCUUUGCUAAGAGACCCAGCAAAACGUACAGCGGUGGAAACAAAAGGAAACUUUCAACCGCCAUGGCUCUGAUUGGCAACCCGCCAAUAAUAUUCUUGGUAAUUAAUUCGUGUUAUUUGUUUUUUUUUUAGUAUUAUACAAAUUAAAACGAAAUCCCAACAAACCUUUUGUAGACAGUUAGCGAAGAGAGAUUAUUUUUUUAAACCAACUUUCCGUUACAUGCGAUAUUUCGAGAUAAGGACAAGGUUAAUCUACUUCGCAAUGCUAAAUUUCAACUAAGUAAACCCUACUUUGGAGGGGUUGUUCAAAGCAAAUAUGAGCUUCAGUUUGAAAUACGUUUGUUUGGUUAUGGUUUUCCGCACUCAGGUGUUCCUCUGUUUAUGUUUUGAAUAUGUAUCUCUUGUUUUCACAAAGCAUUAACAACUUCGAAAAAAGACAGUUUUUGUAUUCCUUGAGUGCUGAUUCGGGAUAUGUGAGACCCUCUAACUUGAUUGAUCACAAUGUUUCUUUUCAUUUUUUCCUGUGUUCAGGAUGAGCCUACCACAGGGAUGGAUCCACAUGCUCGUCGCUUUCUGUGGAAUUUGAUUCUGGAUAUCAUUAAGGACGGCCGCUCAGUUAUCUUGACUUCACACAGGUCAGUUUUUAGCAACGGCUAGCACAAAACUACUCGUAAGUUUGAAUCAGUAUUUUUCUGUUAAACUCACGCUUGCGUUAUGUCCAACAGUAUGGAGGAAUGUGAAGCACUGUGCACUCGCUUGGCUAUCAUGGUCAAUGGCCGCUUUAAGUGCCUUGGAAGCUGUCAACACCUGAAAAACAGGUCAGUUGUACGCACGAAUAUCCACAAAGGAGAGUUUCGAGUUGUUUUUGGAUCCUGUUCCACCCCUUUUUCAGUGGAAAAGUAAAAAAUAAUCCAGAAUAGUAAUGUUUUCGUCUAAAAAUGCUCUCUGAUUGGUCCAAAAGUUUCGCGCCACCACCAGACUGAGCUAGACUUGACUGUUAGCCUUUCUUGCACUUCAGGCAGUUUUGGUGCUUGUUUUUUUUUUUACUUAUCAUUGCUUCUUUUGAGAAGUCACUUGUAUGCAGAGUUACUUAUAUCCGUUGCGAGUACUUUAGUCUUGGUUAAUGAUUCUCAAUCAAAAAGGGCUGAAGUUGUGAGCAGAAGCUCGAUUUACCUGGAACGCGUUCAAUUUUUGACAGGUUCGGGGAGGGCUACAUCAUCACUGUCCGUGUUCAGGGAGACCUACCCAAUUUGGAGCCUUUGUACCAGUUUUUCUCCGAAAAGUUCCCUCGUGCAACGUUAAAGGUAAAACAGACUUACGCAAUUUUCCAAGUACAUGUUUGGUAGACGGUAUGGUAUGGUAGACUUGAGUGUCAGGGUAUUUAGCUUUGAAAAAUCUAAUUGGUGAAACUGUUAAAUUGUAAACAGUUAAAAAAAAUCCAUGUUUCUUUAUCGUUUGUUCUUGUCCCCUUUUUUUUCUGCACGAACACACUAUUAUGUUAAGGUUUCCCUCUGAUAAAAGGGAAUUCUCUCUGACGCCUGAACACUAUUUUGAAGAAUCAUAGUGUAACUCCUUUGGCACUUACUCUCGAAAAAUUCACUCAUUUUCAGGAAAAUCAUCAUAACAUGGUUCAGUACCAGCUCCCCUCGGGUGUCAUGGCACUCUCCGAGGUGUUUGGGCAUAUCGAAUCAUCCUAUGAAGUGUUGAAAAUCGAGGACUAUUCCGUUAGCCAGACAACACUGGAUAACGUAAGUAAUUCUUCCGGCUGCUUCUUCUAUCUUUCCUGUCCCUUAGGUUUAUGGGCUAUCUUGUUGUUAAAUCUUGUUCAAUUUUCCCAGGUUUUUAUCAACUUUGCCCGUCAACAAACGGACGAAAUUGAUUUUGACGACAAAUCAUUGUCGACUGGAAGGACUGGGUCGAGAUUCAGAGUACGCAGGCGUGCGGAGAGGUUGCGAGACAUUUGGUCUGACGAGGUGCGGUUCAGUGCUUUGGAAGAGGAAGAUGGGGAGCCUGGGGCAUAUGAUGAUGAUGAUGACGCCUGGCAAGUAACCUUCUCUGACCGGGUGAGUUUGGUCCCGUUUUCAUCUGCGAAUGAUUAUCUAUGA